CUUUAGAAUCGCAUCUAAUCGCAGCUAAUACGUUCAGCCAUGAAAUUCGCAGCGUUCUGUUUGCUCGCCUUCGUGGCGAUCGCUUAUGCCCAAUCCGACGAGAAGAAAUACACGAACAAGUUCGACAACAUCAACGUGGACCAAAUUCUGAACAGCGACCGACUCUUGACCAACUAUUUCAAAUGUUUGAUGGACGAAGGAAAAUGCACGCCUGACGGCUCCGAACUCAAACGACUCCUGCCCGACGCCUUGGCCACCGGAUGCAGCAAAUGCUCGGAAAAGCAACUGCAAAUGACGGAGAAGAUCAUCAAAUUCCUCACGGAAAACAAACCGGAAUUGUGGAACAAGCUCCUGGACAAAUACGACCCGGACAAGAAAUACAGAAUGAAAUUCGAGGAGGAAGCGAAGAAGCGCGGCAUCAAAGUUUGAGUUUGACUGCCACCGUUGCCCUCGAUGGCGGAUAUUAAAGAAGGGGGCUGAGGGGGCUUCGACUUCCAUCCAUCGUCGAAUUGCUAAUACUUUCGUUUGUUAUUCCUAGAAAAUAUGGGAUCCUUGGAUUCUCGAAACCUCGAAUCUUUUAGCAAUUCUUUCUUUUCCUCUUUUAGCUCUCUUCCUUUGAGCUAAUUUAAUCCUCCGUUCCGUGGCCUCACAAGGCAGUUGAACUCAUCCCAGGUUAUUCGUCGCCAGUAAUAUAGAUAUAAUAUCGACGCACGAAACUCGACUGCAGAUUAACGACCAAUUGUAACGCGUGUAGGGAAGCAGCCUCGCUAAAGGAGACUUGUAUAAAUUGUUUUUUUUUUUUUUUUUUUUUUGUAAGAAACAGCUUUAAUCAGCAAGCCUGUUUAAUAAAACGUCGCAAAAUUCA